GUCCCAGUCUUAGAUUCAACAGUUGUAUGCAGGCAGACUUAGACUGUGGAAUGAAUGUUGUGAUCAAGACUGAAAAGGAACAGGAGACAAGUGGUGUGGUUGCUCCACACAAGAUAUCAGAAAAGAGGGCAAGAAUAAAACAGCGCCCAUGCAAAGAAGAUUCAAAGAAGAUUGACUUCAGGAAGUCCUCUUGGAUGAAUGGGUUCAUGAUGUACAGUCAUAUACACAGGAAGCAGCUGAUUAGGGAAAAGCCAGGACUGCAUGCAUCCGUUAUCAGUAAAUUAUUGGGACAUAGGUGGAGAUCAAUGACCAGUGAGCUACAACAGCCCUACAG